AUGUCCGGCCCCGCAAACGAUGCAAGCCAGGGCCUAGCCCAAGGCCGGGCCACUGCCCCGCAGGAGAGCCUCCCCCCGGGCUCUACUGCAGCCAACGUUGUCCUUACAUCCCUUUACGACCUCUGGGACGCUAACUCCGCCCCCGAUAACGACGAGACCCGUAAUAACGACUCUUACGAGAGCCUCCACGAGGAAGUCGACCCCCAGGACCUCCACGAGGAGGAGGUCGACCCCCGGGACCAGGAACCGGUCUCCCCAACGCGUCUUACACAACCAGAGAUCGCAGAUAGUGAUGCCGACAGCGACGACGCACUCUCCACCAUUGCACCUUCAACCAUCUAUACCCCCAACCCACAAGACCUACCUAGCUAUAUCAAUAGGGAUCUGAUCGCUAGCUGGGUAAAAGAUGAGAGCCUUACCCCGCAAUCCAGACUCGCCCGAAGGAUCGUUACCAUUGCCCGCCUCGGCCUCGUUUCAUGCUACGCCCACCAUAUACCACAAGAUAGGCCACGACCUCGUUACCGGACGUCGUCCCCGGAUGCCCCGAGUGAUGCCGGCCCUUGCGGCCUUACAGAGCUUACGAGGCACAUGACAAAGAACGCUUCCUGGAAGAAAGAGGUCAAGGGCAUCGGACUGGAUCGCCAGGAACCGCUAUCUCACUUCCAACAACGGUUCCCUAGCCGGAACAUGCUCCCUAACAGAAACAUGCUCGAAGCCAUUGCCUGUGGGACACCUCACGAAAGCUCAUCCUCAGAACUUAACGUAUCUCUAGACGUCGACCAUGACGCCGAUACCCAGAUCCAUCGUGCCAAGUUCGACGUUGACAGCUUCCUGAACAUUAUCCAAGAUAUCCAAGCAUUUAAAGAUUCUAUCGAGUACACGCCAAUCCGCCAGCCCGUAAGGAAGCUCCACGGAAGCGUACAUAUCACGUAUCCCGUCAAUAACCCGACCACGAAUAAGCUCGAGAACAUACAGCUCCACCGGAUCCCGCAUACUUACUUUGGGUCCAUCCAAGGACAGACGAUAUAUAUCUUCUUCCCCGGCAUCUAUCACUGUACGAGGUCACGACCCAGUAGCCAGAAUGGCGCAACGCAGCUCACAGAGGACGAACAUCGUAUAUUCUAUGACGAGAUCAUGAUACCGAGUGUGACGGCGACAUUCCCCGAAUCGAUGAUGGGCCAUAUCGCGCUAUCCUACCAGGAUAUCCGUAAUAAGGCCAGCUUCUCCCGGAACACAUCGACGCGUGGCGGUCUCCCUCCUUACGGCUUCCCUCUCCCGUCCUCCCUCCUUCCCCAGCUGAGUGCAAGCCUCCAGUCCACUCUGGCUAAUUUAACACCCAACCCCGACGGCGAUGAUCCCGAGGCCGAUGCGGUUUCGGCGCCUAUGCUCAAGGACUUCUUUUUCUUACUCGAUACUAAGAACACCAAAGUCCGGCACGGCGGCGCACGUAAUUUAGAAUGUUGUAUUGCAAACUUCUGGGCAAAACAACGCCAGGUUGUCGAACCGUCCGUCAUCCACGAUGCUAAGCAACCACAGUUCCUCGAUAUCGCCGUUGAGUGGUCGCCCGGCGCGCAUGAGCAGGCCACUAUCCUCCUCGCCCGAAGGUGCUGCCAGGUUAAUACCCUCAGGUUCCUCUACGGCCAAGUGGACGAAGCCCUUGGGUCCAUCUUUCCACCCACAGAGUCAACCCCGCUGGGGUUAUACAAGAUCCGCGGGGGCCAGCACCACCAUUACAAUGUCAAUCUCCUCCGAGACUCUGCAAGCCUGACCACGGAGCCCGCCGGCGAGCUCCGGAGACAUGGGCUCAACUAUUUCCAAAGCUAUACCGUUGCCAAAGAGGUGUUAGACGCGGCCGGGAAGAAGCCAUAUAGCAGCGAGGUCCUCCUCCACGGCGGGUACUCCGACAGCGUCAUGAUCCGGAUGAUCUCUAAAUCAUCAGAGGCCGUCUUGUCGCGGAAGCAAUUUGACGAGCUCUUGUCCAAGUCCCACAGGUUCUUCCAGGAGUCCGUGAAAUCCAACGACAGGCGCCAUUUCUCAUGGAGAGCGGAGUGGCGGUGCACAAACUCCCUAGCGAGACUGGUUGCCAUCGAGGACGAGACCUGGCUCGCCCGCGACGAGUUCACGUUUCCGGCCAGACCUCCGAAUCCCCCGCCCAGCGACCCCGCGGCCCAGGGCCCCUCCACUGCCCAGGGCCCCUCCACUGCCCGGAGGCCCAGGCCGGUCGGCAACGCCGCGUUUUACUGCAUUCCCUCCCCCAAGUACUGGCGGUUCGUCCACCGCACCAUCGGCUUCUACGCCUAUGUGAUGGACCUCGUCUCUAUCCACCACCGUGGCGAGACCGUGCCCCCGACCGCGUCGCUCCUCUAUGCGACUCUGGUGACGCUUGCACGGUCCUUUAUUGACCCUAUCAACCCGCGUUUCCGCUAUAUCAUAAUGAAUCCCCACAACCUAGACCCUAUCUCCGGGCCGCUGCCGCACACGCCUGGAGCCGAGAGGAAGAGGGGCCUCGGCCUCCUGGCCACCAUCGAACGACAAGGCUUCGGCUUCAUCCCCAAGAGGAUCAUCAACUGGGAAAACCUCCGGCUACAUCUCACAAUGGAGUCCGACUUUAGCAUCCCGGGACUGAGGACGAGCGUCGGCAAGACCAAGUAUCUCGCGGUCAAAGACUCGCCAGAGAGCCUAUUCUCCCUCUUGCUCCAUCUCUUGGCCACGAACAAGAAAAGCGCCAAGGUCAAGGUCAUCCUCACACUCAUCUCGCACCUCAUCCUCCGCCGCUAUCGCAAAGCCGCGCUCGAAAGCAUGAUAUUCAAAAACAGGCCAAAAGAGCAGCAACAGAGGAUCGACAGAGAUACCAUCUCCUUUACAUUCCCUGCACUUCAACACUACAUCACCGAAUGCGGCCAGCUAGCCAUCAAAUCCGGGUCCAAUCGCACGGUGAAGUGGAGGACGCUCGAUCAGUUCUGGGAAUUCACAUGGGAAGACCUUCCCUACGACCCCUCUAUCGGCGCCACGAGACUUCAGCCGCAGACCACCUUCAAGGACAACGACUGGCGACGCUUCUGGCGGAGCGCGCGAGACGCCAUCGCCUCCAGGGUCAGAGACGCGUCCAAGGGGAGCGCCGACUGGGUCGCCACGUUCGAGGAGAAGCACAGAGAGCUCUUCUUCGCAUAUCAUACCACGUUCCCCUACCCGGCCGAGAACGGCGGACUAUCUAAGCAAGGAAACGCGCCGUCUUCCAGGGCCCUCCUCUGCACAGUCAUCGAUCCCAGGGGAGGGCUCAAGGUGAGCAUGAACCCGAAAGAAGAGCCCAGAACGGACGCUACACCCAUCCCCACCUGCUACAGCGAGGUAUGGACAGCGAACGACAUCAAGAAGCUAGUGGACGCCGCCCGGUAA